AUGCCGGGCCGUUUAAUUCCAAAUCUGAUUCGGAACGCAAGUUCGCUACAUUCCUCAGUAUCGUCAACACCCAUUCACUCAAACUCCUCUUCAACGAUUUCCGUCAAUGAGCUCCAGGGACAUGGAAAGAAGCACGCCCACAACGCAGACCGCGCACGAUCCCCCGAACGCCGCCUCUCCUUCUCCAUGGACCACCUGAUGCACCCUUUGCGAGACCACAGCAAAGAGAAGCGUCGCAGCCUCGGACGCGGAGGACGAUCCAAGGAGCGCUCCGUCCAUGAUGUGGCUCCACCAGCGGCGAAGCUGGACGUCAUGAUCGAAUCACCCCCACUGGUUUGCUAUGGUCCUCCUGCCAACUCUACUGGCGCUCUGUUCUCGGGACGCUUGCGCAUCGCAGUCUCGGAGUUGACUGGUGGAGUGACUUUGAGCCAAUUCGAUGUCCGCCUUAUCUCCAAGAUGAGCACCAAGAAGCCUGUUUCAAACCACUGCGCCAACUGCGCCACCCGCACCGAGGAGUUGACCAAGUGGAACUUCAUCACUGAGGAUCUUCAGCUCAGUGUAGGGGACCAUGAUUUCCCCUUCAGCUAUCUGUUCCCGGGCCAUAUUCCUGCUUCUUGCAACGGCGUUCUGGGCCAGAUUGAAUACUUCCUGCUGGCGCAUGCACAGAGCAUCACUGGAGAAGAAUAUAGCCUCAAGCUGCCUCUGGAAAUCAGUCGUUCUCUGCUUCCCGGCCCCGAUAAGACCUCCAUUCGCAUCUUUCCCCCCACCAACCUCACUGGUCGCAUCGUUUUGCCAUCCGUUGUUCACCCUGUUGGCAGUUUUCCUGUGGAGAUGACUUUGAGCGGCGUGGUGGAUAAGGGUGAAAAGACCCAGACGCGCUGGCGUCUUAGAAAAAUGAUGUGGCGAAUUGAGGAACAACAGAAGAUUGUGUCGACCGCUUGCCACAAGCACGCUCAUAAGAUUGGCGGCGAGGGUAAAGGUGUUAUGCACCAGGAGACUCGUGUCAUCGGACACAACGAGGAGAAAACUGGCUGGAAGACCGAUUUUGACACCGCUGGUGGUGAGAUCACCAUGCAGUUUGAUGCCAACAUCAACCCAGCGGCAAACGCUGUCUGUGACAUGGAAGCGCCCGGCAGCUUGGAAGUCAAGCAUAACCUUGUCAUCGAGCUGAUCGUGGCUGAGGAAUUCUGCCCCAACGGCAACACCCGCCUUAUUACUCCGACUGGUGCCGCACGUGUGCUUCGCAUGCAGUUCCACCUCCACUUCACUCAGCGUGGUGGUCUUGGCAUUAGCUGGGAUGAGGAGAUGCCUCCAAUCUAUGAGGAUGUCCCCGCCAGCCCGCCCAGUUACACCAAGCCCGCUCACAGCUUCAUUGACGGCUUCACCGACUCCCCGCUGCCAGAUUACGAAGGUCUGGAGCGCAUCGAAUCUUUGCGAUUAGAUAGCAGUUCUACUCGCUCUUCGGACCGGUCUAUCAACAGCUCUAUUCACAGCCGGCUGCCGCGCUUUACUCCCGAGGAUCUUGUCACGGGAGAGUCGCCUGGUGUCUCGCCCAUCCCAUCCCGCGCCCCUUCUCGCACCUCUUCCACCAGCUCCUCCCGCCAAUAA